CACAUAUCGAGCGCAUAAUGCGUGUUAGCUAACAUUGGCUUUGCAUACAACAAUUUUGAAAGCAACGAAAAAAAGAGACGCGCACAUAGUGUACAAGAAUUUUUUGGCAUAAAAUAAUGGAAACAACUGCAGCAGCUCAAAUUGACGGCGUCCUGCUGCGCCAGGAGGCAGCCCCACAGACGCCUGUAGCCAAAAAGACGCGACGCGCUGUUCUUCAAAAGCAAAAUGAGAGUAUUUUAAAUAGAGAGACUGUACCCGACGAUGAUGAGCUCAUGUCAUUGCCAAAGACACCCAGUGCAUCCAUCCGCAAAGCCUGCGAAACGCCGCGUCGCAGUGCCCGCAAGAGCGUGCGCCCGACUCUGGACUAUACGGACAUAAUUGAAAAGAAUCUGUUGUCUUCUGCCAGCAAGGAGAAAAAGGACACUACCAUUGUCGACAAAGAGAAUCUAGAUGAGGAGAAAACACAGAAAUGGACCGUGGCUGAGGUGGGUCGCACUUCGGGCAAGCGCAGUCGCAAAACCAAAAAAGCCAAAUCCUCAAAAGCUGAAAAGGCACAGAAAAAACGAGGCGACGACGAAAAAGAGCAGAAUCAAGAAGACGAAGAGAUGAAGGACCAGGUAGAAAAUAAGGAGAACGAAGAGAUAAAGCAGCAGGAGGAAGAGAAGGAAUUGGAAACAGAAAAGAAAGAAGUGGAAGAGGAAGAUUUCAAGCACCUAGAGGUAACAGAAGCAAUCACAGUCUCGUCAUCGCCCAAUGCUUAUGAUGAAAAUAAGAAUGAGAAAUGCAACGAGGAAAUAAGAGAGAAGAAACCUUUUGAGCCCACUCCAGUAGAGAUUAAAGUGGAGCUGUGUCCAGAUAUAAUAGAGAAUGAUGUUAAACCUGUCCAAGAGCUAGAUCAAAAAAUAGCUCUAUUUAAAGAGGAUGAUAUGGAUGAGUUAGGCCUAUGCCCGCUCGAAGCUGAGCAUCAACCAGAAGAAGACGACGAGAUGCCAUCCCUUAUUAUGAUCGACGAUGGCGAGACAGAGAACGAAUUGAACGUCACCUUCGAUGCCGAUGACAAGCCGCAUGCGGAUGAAGUGAUGCCCGCCUUGUGCAUUAUGGAAGAACAGCAAAUUGAUGAGGAUCUCAAGCAACCGGAAACUGCAGGCAAUGAGAGUGACCCAGCCAAGCCAAUGGCCUAUCGCUUUCCCACACCGUUCAAACGCAAAAUCCAGACGGAAUUCACAGAUUGCGAAGCCAGUUCAUCUGGAAUCUUUUUGGAAAACCCACGACUCAGACGCUCGAAAUCAAUACCACGAUCCAAUGAGACGAAGGUUAAGGGAGUCACCUUCUACAGUCCCGUGGAAAUGGCCAAUGUCAACGAUAUUGAUAAGCGCUGGGAGAAUCUAAACAACAGUAAUGUCACAAAGCGUCGCAAACGUUCCAAGUCCUUGGAGCCAAAUCCCAUGCCAAGUCGCAUUCCCAAGAUGAAGCAAUAUCCUCCCAUCAAGUCCACAGUUACGCCCAGCAAAUUGAAGCCGCGCACUAAACUGCCAAAUUUCGCGGCAAUUCAUCAAAAGCAAUUCGAGAAGAUGGAGAAUCUGGUGGAGCACAUGGAGCGCAAGGCCGUGCGUGCCAAGGUCUUAGCAAGCUCUGCAGUUAAGCUGCAACAACAACAACAAUCGGAAAGAACUGUUUCAUCAGCCAAGAAGCAGACGCCAGUGCGCUCGCGUGCAGUCAAAAAGAUCGAAGUGCCCAGCUAUACAUUGACACCGUUGAAGCCGGAGGAACUGGAGCGGGUGAAGCUGCUGCCCACGCCGCGCAAGAUUGUUGGUGUGACACAGCCCAAGGCAUUGGUGCCGGCUCGGCCCGCUUUGUCGAGCAAUAGAACGGUGCCGAAGCCGGCAUUUAAUUUGUCCACCUCGGUGACAUCCAAGCUGUUCAUUCCAGCUUCAAGUGGACCAGGGAGCAGCCAGAGCAUAGCGAAGGUGAAGCCCGGCGAGAGGGAUGAUGCCACGCAGAACAAAUUGGAAGCGCGUCGCAAGCGGCAUAUGGAAAUGUUUAAGGGUCGAAGCGGUCACGAGAAGAGAAGCGAAAUUGUGCGGGGAGUUCGCUCGAAUCGUCGUUUUGAGCUGCAAAUGCAACAUCGUCGGCAACUGGAUGAGAACGCUGGUUGAUGCCCCGAUUAUCUAAUAAUCGUUUUACAAUAUAUUUUUAAUUCUGUAUUUUUAAUUAAUUUUCGUU